AUGACGAUCUCUUUAGACGGCCUAGCUCCUCAAUUUUCCCCUGUAUUUCCCAACAUUAACGUUUCACUGUCUCACAGCAUUCCCUUUUAUAACAAUGGUCCGUUAGAUACAAAUAACACGCUAUCCAAUGUCACACUCGAUUUGAGUAACUACCCAGUUGCGUGGAGCAAACCCGAUGUCAACCAUCCCGAGGUAAAAGCCGUAAUCAAACAAAUCAAUUGGCACCUUGUACCAGACUACGUUCCAAAAACGAUGCUUGAUUACGACCUGGAUCAGACUCAUUACGAUGAAGAAAAGGAUGAUACCUGCUGGUGGACUUCUACCAACUGUGUUAAACCGAAGCUCACUUACUUACCACAGGAUUAUUACACCUGCCCUACCAAAGGAGAUUGGGGUCUUUCGUACGACGAUGGUCCAUUGAAUAUGCGAACUGAAUAUGAUGGCGAAGAUUUUGAGAUGGAAAAUAGGUUUGCGGAGCCUAGGCUUUACAACUUUUUAGCCAAAGAAAAUGUUACCAGUACACUUUUUUAUAUCGGAUCCAAUGUAUUAACUUACCCAGAUGCAGCAAGACGGGCACUUUUUAACGGACAUACGCUAUGCUCACAUACAUGGUCUCAUCCAGCCAUGACAACACAAACGAAUGAGCAAGUAGUGGCUGAACUGUAUUGGACACUUAAAGUUAUUAAAGAAGCAACGGGGGUCACACCCAAAUGCUGGAGACCACCUCAGGGCGAUGUAGAUGAUCGUAUUCGAUCUAUUGCGUGGCAGAUGGGUAUGAGCACCGUGAUUUGGGAUAGAGACACAGAAGAUUGGGCAAUGCCUGCAUUGGGCAGUGGGUACUACCCUCCUGCUAUGGUUGAUGCACUAUUCGAGAAAUGGAUUGAGGAGGAAGAGAAAAACUUGACAAGCAGUGGUAUCAUGGUACUGGAACACGAAUUAAAUCAUGCUACAAUCAGUAUGACGGAAAAAUGGAUACCGAUCCUAAAGAAAACAUUUAAUGUGGUCUCUGCUUUAACAUGCAAUGGCGUCUUUCAACCCUAUUGGGAAACAGAUUUCAAAUACCCUAACAUUUAUAACUUGAGUUCUACUGAAGAAACAAAUUCUACUACUACUAAGGUCACACAAUAG